CUUCCCAUCAUGCAUUGCGACUCGUUAACCUCACGGUGGCAAAUGAGAAAAAAAGUUUCUCAAAAACCUUUUGCAAACAUUUGUGUCUGAUUAAAGACUAUUAUUCAAGAUUAUUUGUCUCUAUAUCCAUGGACGUAGUUGAAGCCGCUACAUUUCCAUCGCAAACAGAUCACAUUCAACAUGAAGUUAAAGAUUAUUUAUCAACUUCUACCAACGAGACUUUGUUAAAAGAAUCCGAUGAUAAAGUUAUGGAUUCAAAACCCCAAGACAGCUCGUUCGAAAUUAGCAACGACAGUUUUUCGAGCGAUGACUCGUCAGUUUAUGCCUCUCCUGUUGGAGACUUGAAUGAAGCAGAAACUAAAAUAAAUGAGAAACAUAAAAAACAGGAUGAAAAUGAAAAUAAUAAAAUUGCGCAAAUGGACAUUGAAGAACAAACUAGAAACCAGACAGAAAUGGAUAAGCAACAUGAAAAACUUGAUGAAAACAUAGAUAUUACGGAAAUGGAGAUUGGUAAACAGACAGAAACGGGGAAUAAAACGGAUAAACUGAAUGAAAAAACAGGAGAAAACAUGGAGGUUUUGCAGAUGGAAAUUGAUAAACAAAAUACAAACGAGACAGUUAUGAAGACUAAAAUUAAUGAGGUGAAAAAAAAACUAGAACAAAACGCUGGUAAUAAACAGAUAGACAUUGAUAAAGAAAAUACCACUGGGGUAGUUACUACACCAAAGGGUAAUGAAGAAAAUAUUGCCGAGGAAAAUACUGCAGUAAAAACGACUGAAAAAGUUCUUGGCGAAAUUUUAGAUGAAAAAAAUGAAACAACUUUGCAAGGGUGCCAACCAAGUUCAACAGAUGGAAAGGGUGAAGGUAAAAAUAAUGGCAAUGAUGCAAUAAUCAAGCAAGAAGCUGAUGAUAUGAAUGAAUCUUUAUCAAGCAUUGAAGAACUUCAAAUUGAUGAAGAUUUGAAACCUGAAACUUCAGUUGAAAAUAUGAAAAUAAAGCAGGAAAUACCGGAUGUUACUGCUAGUAGCGAACCAUUGGUGUCCAACACUGCUACUUCGAGUGUGACUACUAUGAGUUCUUUAAUGGAAAACGAACUGUUCAAAAUUCUGUCCCAAGAUCAAACACCUAUUUCAUCACCAAUAUUAAGCCUACCAUGCAGUAGCAUAACAACUGACACAGGGACGAGCUCUAAAACAGGGGUUGCAGUCAAAACAACUGUCAUACCAACUUCCCAUCCAAGUGGACCACAGAAUAGGAAGCGACGACGUUAAUCCAAAAAAUAAAUCAAAUGCCUUUCCCAUCAUUUAUAUUGGUGCACCUAACAUACUAGAUAUGCAGGCUUAUAGAAAGCAAGUGAAAGCAGAAGAAGAAGCUUCCGCGAAAAAGUUACCAGAAGUCCCAACGAGUUAUUUGGAUGAGGAGACUGGCCAGAUGGUUGUUACCAAAGCAGAGAACAAGCCCACCCCCACAGUAUCCAAUGCAUUAAAGACAAUACCCCUGGACACCAAUACAUCAAGUAUCACUAAGAAUGUCACCAGCACUACAAGCACAGGGAAACCAUUCAAAUUCAUUGUGGCUUCAAAACAAGACCAGUUCAGCGUCAGAAAAACAAUGAAGGCUUUUCUACCUGAUGGUGAAAUGAAGGAAAUACGAACAAAGUCAACUUUCUCGGUCCCGCUUUCUAAAUCAUUAGUGACAUCAGUUGAGGAUGAUUCAAGCCCAAGCAUGGUGUAUACAAGCCCCCUUGACAACAAGAAACCUGCUCAUAAACCUUUAGUUUACCCUAAGCCUAUAAGAAUAGACAAACCUGGCAACAAAGUUAUUCCAGCUUCAACUAAGAUAUCAACAGUUAGCGUUAAGUGUACGCCAGUCACGCCAACGGUGCUGAAACCGACUACACCCGUGGUUCUACCAAUUCCAACGUCAUCAGAAUCGGGUCGACCGUUUAAACUAAUCGUUCGCAAGCGAUCACCUAUGAACCAAGAUGGUAAAACAGUUCUACCCAAAGUCACAAUAUCCACAGCUACCCUUAGCACCACAAGCUCCACCAUCAAAGUUGUGAAACCAGAUGCAAACCAAGUCUAUAAAUGGAAGCUGCAGAAACCAAUGAACAAAUCCGAGAUUGUUCAAGUUUUAAAACCAAACUUAGCGAAAACAAGCUCCCCUUCGAGUUUCAAACCAACAGUAACAACCAUUCCAACAACUGCAGUUAAUAAACAAGAAAUACCAACCACCAAAGUUGUGACAGUAAGCAAACCCCUCAUCAAAACCGGUGGUGCCAUUCUUCCUAAGAAGGUUGAUCAACUCGUUAAGUCAAAAGAAAGAAGAUUCACAAGGAAAGGUAUGCUGGUAAUGUUUGAAGAUGGAGUGAAACAGUGGGUCGACAGCAUGCGUAACGUAACUUACGCUGAUGAUGAACCAAUCAAGUCAUGGAGGGUCAAACCUGGUACUAAGGUUGCUGUUAAAUAUUCCGAUGGUUUAUUCUACGAUGCUGAAGUCAUUUCAUCGUACGAUGGAUCUUCUACGACUGAAGCAGAUACUGCAGAAAAGAAACCUGUUGAAAUACCGCAGCCCAAAACCCCUGUGCCACCCAUAAAGAAAGUUAACAAUAUCCUGAACCGACCUGUUAGGAAAACACAAACUAUAGAAGUAAAAAACAAAGUCAUAAAGCUUCCGAAUCAACCUGAAGACCCGAAACCACUUUCUGCUAAAGAUGAAGAAAUUGCUACAGAAACGAACUUAGCAAAGAAAAGAACUCCAGUCGUAAAAUACCAGAAAAGGAAUUUGAAGCGGAAACUCUCACCACCUCCUAUUGAGACUGCUGCCAGUGAAUCCGACGAACAACCGGUUCUUAAAGUACCUCGUGUUCACAUCAAGAAAAUGGCAGAGAAAUACACAGUGUCUUGUGAAUCGGAUGUUUCAGAUGAGACGGAUAAACAGCAAAGUGUGGCCCACCCACCUUCCACUGCAAGCAAAGCUGACAAUUCAGAAGGUGAAGUUAUAAAGACAAAAUGUCCGACCUGUUUUCUCGUAUUUACCGACGAAAGCGAUUUCAAUCGACAUCAUAAGAGUGUUUGUCACGCACAGGGAGUCUCACUUACUGUACGACCAGGAGGUGUGUUGUCCAUAACCACCCCUGUUGAGGUGGACGAGAAUGCUGGCCCUCCCCCUAUUUUCGCCACUGAGCUGAAGAAACGCGAAGAUGCCGAAAGCAAAGAAGAGGAAUACGUUCCACGAUCCCCGGGAGGAAAAAGAUUAUUUCGCCGUGGUACACGCAUUCUACACCGAUGGCAAACUCCCAAAGGUAGCAGUCGUUGGUACAACGGUAAGAUCUUACGCCUUCUACCAAACAAAGUUGGCAAGUCGGAAUUCGAAGUAGAAUAUACGGACGAUGACCAUGACGUUGGGCCGUAUGCUGUCACACUGUGCGAUGAUUAUCCCCAUGAUAUUCGUGUUAUUAUUAGAUGAGAUCCAUUUGGUUCAAGUUUUCUCAUGUUUCCAAUCAUAGACGCCAAACUUUAUAAACACAGGGAAGGCAGGGAUAGUUAGAAACACAAUCUUGUGAAACAAAAUUGACUUAAUAAUUGUAACGUUUACUGAUUAAUGCAAAACACUUUAGGGUUGGCCUGCCUACCCUGCCACCCCAGGUUUGGCGCCUUUGUUUCAACCACUGCGUUUCCUGCCAUUUGUUUCACCGACGUGUUCGGUUUGUCGUCAAAAUAUAAAAUUCCAGCGUUCCUGUUAAGCA